AUGCUAGAAGACAAUACAAACGUUAAAAGAAAACAAGAAAAAAAAGAAGAAUGCACUGAAUUCUACUCUAAAGAUAUUUAUGAAGCAGAAGCUGAUUUCGAAGCAUUUGGAGCCGAAAAAUCAAAAAGAAGAGUAGAAAUGGAAGAAGCCUUAAAAGUGCUUCAUAAUGAUACGAAAAAUAUGAUUCUUCUUGAAGUUUUCAAUAUUUACCAGCCAGUUAGAAAGUGCAGAGAUGAGAUUAUCACUAAAAUAGGAGAAGUAGACCCUAACUUUUGCGAUUGGGUUAUAAAGCAAGCCGAGAAAGAUAGGCAGCCUGUUGAUAUUGAUUAA